AUACUCUCAAGGGUUUAAGGAUUCUUCGCGUCUAACAAAAAAGUGAAGAAGAAAAACCCAAAUGUCUCUGCUUCGAAUUUUGUCGACUCUUCUCAAAGGAGCUCACCGGAGUUCACGUUCCUUUUCUUCUUCCCGGAGUCCGAUCUGCACCACUUUCGCUAAUUCACUCUCCGGGACGCCACGGAUUUCGUAUCGGAAUGAUUAUGGAGGACAUAGAACGAAUUUGAAUCUCUUGGAUCCUCGGCUUUGGAUUAUCUUUUCUGGUCAAGCUGCAAUCCUUGGGUUUUGUGGGAACACUGUAUUGGCAGAGGAUGAGUCUAUGAAGUCGAAAUCUGGAGAUAAUAUGGAUGAGAAUGGAAAUAGUGGGCUUGAAAGAAUUGAGGACGGGUCGGUUGUAUCGAAUAUACAUACAUCUAAGUGGAGAGUGUUUACUGAUAGUGGAAGAGAUUAUUUCUUUCAGGGGAAACUGGAGCCAGCUGAGAGGCUUUUCGGUUCGGCGAUACAGGAAGCUAAGGAAGGUUUUGGAGAGAAGGAUCCACAUGUUGCAUCUGCAUGCAACAAUCUGGCAGAGUUAUAUAGGGUCAAGAAAGAAUUCGACAAAGCAGAGCCCUUAUACCUGGAAGCUGUUAGUAUCUUGGAGGAUUUCUAUGGUCCUGAAGACGUGCGUGUUGGUGCUACUCUCCACAACCUUGGACAACUCUAUCUUGUCCAGCGAAAACUUGAGGAAGCUCGCACGUGCUAUGAGCGUGCUUUAAAGUUGAAAGGACGAGUCCUGGGGUAUAAUCAUCCGGAUUAUGCAGAGACAAUGUAUCAUCUUGGAACGGUAUUACACAUGCAAGGAAAAGAUACAGAUGCGGAAGCUCUUAUUCUGGAUUCUCUUAAAAUACUUGAGGCAUGUGGUCAAGGAGAGUCCAUGACAUAUAUCAGGAGACUGAGAUAUCUUUCUCAGAUAUAUAUACGGUCCAAUCGUCUGGCCGAGGCUGAAAAACUUCAAAGGAAAUUAUUGCACAUGAUGGAAUUAUCAAAGGGAUGGAACUCAAUGGAGGCAAUAACUGCAGCUGAAGCAUUAGCUCUCACUUUACGAUUAUCUGGGCAGCUGGGAGAAGCUCUAGAACUUUUUGAAAAGUGUCUCAAUGCCCAAAAAAAAUUACUUCCAGAAGGACAUAUCCAGAUAGGUGGAAACUUUCUGCACAUCGCAAAGACAUUUAUGCUCCAGGCUAGUCAGAUGAGAAGAACUGAUAACAGUGAAGCUCUAUCCAAACUAGAAAAAGCAAAGAAUUAUCUUGAAAACUCAGCUAGGAUAGCAAAAGACGUUCUGCAUAAGCUUAAAAACCAAAAGAGCAAAGCGCAGAAACACGAAAAAUCUAGUGCAACUCUUAGGAAUUAUGAACACGCGGCUUUAGUCAUACUGCUGCAAUCUCUUGAGAGUCUCGCAGCUUUGGAGGUGAGCAAAAAUGAGAUCCAGGAGCCAAAGGAAGAAAAUCUGCAUGCAGCUGAAGAUUCACUUCUCCAAUGUGUUACAGCCUACAAAGAGUUUGGUUAUGGAACUCAGCUGCAAGAUUCUUCUGAAGUAAAGUCCGGAUACCUUUCGUGUCUUAAGCAUCUCUCAGCUUUAGUAGCAAAGAAAGAGACGACGCUUAACUCAAAGGCAAGUCCUAUAUCUUUACCAGAGCUCAAGGAAGAAAUUAGGCAUUUUGCGAGACCUGAUGAGUAUACUUUUCCUUUGGUUAUGAAAGUUUGUUCUAACAAUGGAGAGUUUCGUGUUGGUUCAACGGUUCAUGGGAAAUUGUUUGAUGAAAUGCCUAAGAGAGAUAUAAUUUCGUAUACUUGUAUGAUUGAUGGAUAUGCUAAAGGUGGUGAUAUGGUUUCUGCGAGGGAUUUGUUUGAGAAAGCGAGGGGUGUUGAUGUUAGGGCAUGGUCAGCUUUGAUAUUGGGGUAUGCACAGAACGGUCAGCCGAAUGAGGCCUUUAAGGUUUUUAGCGAAAUGUGUGCGAAGAAUGUUAAACCUGAUGAGUUUAUAAUGGUGGGUUUGAUGUCAGCUUGUUCUCAGAUGGGUUGUUUUGAAUUAUGUGAAAAGGUUGAUUCUUAUUUGCACCAAAGCAUGAAUAAAUUUUCUAGUCAUUAUGUUAUACCUGCUUUGAUAGAUAUGAAUGCCAAGUGUGGCCACAUGGACAGAGCAGCUAAGUUGUUUGAAGAGAUGCCUCAGCGAGAUCUUGUUUCAUAUUGUUCGAUGAUGGAAGGAAUGGCUAUCCACGGGUGUGGAAGUGAAGCUGUUCGACUGUUUGAGAAAAUGGUAGACGAAGGUAUUGUACCCGAUGAAGUUGCAUUCACAGUAAUAUUGAAAGUUUGUAGCCAGUCCAGGCUUGUUGAGGAGGGCUUAAGGUAUUUCGAGUUAAUGCGAAAGGAGUAUUCAAUUUUGGCAUCUCCUGAUCAUUAUUCAUGCAUUGUGAAUCUUCUUAGUCGGACAGGAAAGCUUAAAGAGGCUUAUGAGCUUAUCAAAUCCAUGCCCUUUGAAGCUCAUGCUAGUGCUUGGGGUUCGCUUUUGGGUGGUUGUAGUCUACAUGGGAAUACUGAGAUUGCAGAGGUAGUUGCAAGGCAACUCUUUGAGCUUGAACCACAAAGUGCCGGUAGUUACGUGAUUCUGUCAAAUAUAUAUGCAGCUUUAGACCGGUGGGCGGAUGUUGCUCAUCUUAGGGACAAAAUGAACGAGAAUGGUAUUAAAAAGAUUUGUGGCCGAAGUUGGAUAAGUCGAUAAGAACUUGUCAGUUGUCUUCUAACCGUGUCAACAAUGGAAGACUUAGCUUAACCUAACAAGACGUUGAGGCAAAAAAGCACCUAAACAGAACCAGCCUGAAACAUCAUGGCGACCAAAGUUUUUUAUCACCUUGCUCGACCUGUACAUAGCUUGGGAGAUUGGAUAAGGUCUGCAUUUAUGGUUUGUAUGUCUCAGAGAUCUCAUUGCUUCGUCUUGUUUGUCGUUUCGAUUGUAUCAAAAUGUUAAGGUGUUUUCUGUACUG